AUGUUUGAAGAAGUGGACGAUGCAUCGCGUCGUGAAAAGUGUUUCACAACCAUCGCUCAACUGCCGGCGUUCAUCGACCCAAAGCAGAUCCCGGGCAAGACAUCGCCCUUUUCAACGAUUCAAAAUCAUGCAUUUGUACACUCAGCCGAGGUUAUCUUGUCAAAGGAGGUUUACUCGCAGAUCAAGCCGUCGCUCGAGACCAAACUGGAAAAACCUCGAUAUGCACGAGUCUUCAUGCCUCCUUUAGCUUUGCUUGAGCAUGAUUUCUUCAAUACAUAUAUCAAGUCAGGGAAUAUUUUGAUGAUAUCUGAAGGACGCUCGGGUUCCGAUAAUGUCUUCACACUACAAGAUGGGGUACUUCGAAUGGAACUAGGAAAGGAGAUCUAUGAGCGAACAGGUCUCACAGGCAAGCCUUUCCGUAGCGGAGGCAGAAAACACGCGAAGGAAAGAUUCUUGGUAGAAUUGAACUUACGGCUGCCCUCGAUGCUGCAUGGCAAAAAGGGGUUCGAAAGAAUCGUAUGGGCAUUCACCAAUGUUCUGACUCAAUCAAUGGCCUGGCUCUUCCACGACCUGGAAAGCAACUCCAGUCUGGAUGACGGAAACAAGCCGAUUAACAAGGCUCAACCACAGUUGAUAACCUGCGAGCUGCAGGAAAUAGAUCACGAGCAAAUAAUCAUUCCACCGUUUUUCGACGGGAAAGUACUCGAAAAAAUGUCGGAAGGUGAUCUGCAGGAACAUUGUGGCGCCCUGUCUGAAUGGAUUGCCAUGGUUCAGAUGGCUUCUCCGCGAGUAUCUGGGGAAGAUGACGUUGAUCCUUUCCUAAGUCGUUAUGCAGUUUUAGACGCAGACGAGAGCCAGGCCUCUGAUUUGAUGAGCUUAAAAUGGCAUGGUUUGAUAUCGUCCCGUUGGAUCAUGCAGCUGUUCCUUAAUCUGUUGCAAAGCACUAAGGCUAACAAUCUAUCCUGGUUCGCGCUUUCCGUCGCUACUCUUGGGAAAGAAGCCGUGGAAGGAAGGGACGGAUAUAUGGUUAUGGUCCUUCCUAGUGGACAAUCCAAUGGACAGAGUGAACAAUUCCAGGUGAAUAGCGAGGGAACCACUGGAUCUGAAUCAACUUUCUCUUUCGACGCGCUUGCCGAGGUGGAUUAUGAUGAAGAUCCGAACAAGGCUCUCUUGGGUCUCGACGAAUGGGAAGUACCCGAGUCAAUUUAUCACGAAGAUGGCUCCAUCAUGUCCCUCUGGGAACUCGCUUCCCACAAUGGAUAUCGCUUCGAGGAAGAGAACGAUACCUUUGCAGGUUCGACUUUUGACAAGGCCUUCGUUGAACUCGGUGUAGACCCUGUCAUUGGCCCAUCAACUCAGGACCACCUAGAGCUGUGUUCUGGAUUGCCCACCCCCAUCGUGACUGAUGAGGUGACUACACAGAGCACUUGCGCCAAUCAGCCGGCUACAGUCUAUCCGCUCGAUACUCUCCGAUCUCUCGAAAACGCCGACCUGGGCCCUCCCCUUGCAGUUGUUCAUCCUACUCCUGCCACUGAUACCCCAAUCAGCCAAGUUGCUACUACAGUCACCCAAGGUGCUCCAGACAUCAUUGAACCUGCCGUUCAAGUUCCGGCCACUGAUGCCGCUGCUGCCCCAGCCACCAAUGUUGGCACUGCUGUCACCCAACGUGCUCCAGGCAUCAUUGACCCUUCCACUCAAGUCAUCACUGCCACCGAUGUCCCAAUCAGCCAAGUUGCUAUUACAGUCACCCAAGGUGCUCCAGACAUCAUUGAACCUGCCGUUCAAGUUCUGGCCACUGAUGUCGCUGCUGCCCCAGCCACCAAUGUUGGCACUGCUGUCACCCAACAUGCUCCAGGCAUCAUUGACCCUUCCACUCAAGUCAUCACUGCCGCAGCUACCCAAUGCGCUCCUACCACCCCUGAUUCGACAACUAGUGUGCGCAAAGUGUUUACCAUGUCACAAACCAAACCGCGAUCUCACCCUGCUAAGCCACCACUCAAGCAGAAGGCUAAGCGGGUCCCUAAGAAGCAAAAUGAUGAGCUUCACAAAAUACAGAAAAAUACCAAGGCACAAAACACCACACGCAUGGCGAAGGGCAAGACAACCCCAACCUCAGUCGCACCACCCCUUCCGAAUAUUGCGCCUGCUUCAAUGACACCGGCGGCCGAGGUCACUCACAACACAACCGCGUAUCCUAGCCCACAGAAGCUUCUUCAAAUCCAAGGACGCCUUAAAAGUCAAGAGCAACAUCUUCGUGCAGAAUGGAAGCAGCUCGGACAACAGCAAGCCAAUCUGAAGAAACAGCAGCCCGUGGAUGAACAGCAGCUCCUGAUUCACCGACAACAGUGGCAGCUCCACCAACAGCAGUUUCAGCUGUGCCACCAAAAGAUUGAGCAGCACAAAGAGCAAGUACGCCGAUUCCGGUGUUAUGAACAGCAUCAGCAUGCAACCCAGCAAGCCCACCUAUUCCAAAAUGCAUCGACCCCGCAGGUUCAGCAGCCCGCACAACAAAUGCAAGCAGACCAUACCUCCCCCACUAAGGAGCGUAUGCAAUCUGCGAUGCAACAAACCGAGCAACUUCAAGCCUCCGCAGCCCAACAUGCCCACCAGGGCGCCCAGAAAAUGCAGUCUAUGAUGCCACAGACUCCGCAGGUUCAGCAGCCCGCACAGCAAAUGCAAGCUGUCUAUUCCACCCCCUCCAAGCGGCGCAUGCAGUCUGUGAUGCCACAGACUCCGCAGGUUCAGCAGCCCGCACAGCAAAUUCAAGCUGUCUAUUCCACCCCCUCCAAGCGGCGCAUGCAGUCUGUGAUGCCACAGACACCGCAGGUUCAGCAGCCCGCACAGCAAAUUCAAACUGUCUAUUCCACCCCCUCCAAGCGGCGCAUGCAGUCUGUGAUGCAGCAAACUCAGCAACUCCAAGCUUCAGCGGCUCAGGGAGUUCAACAGCCCCAGCGAAUGCAAGAUUAUUCCACCCCACCCGAGGAGCCAAUGCAAUCUGUUUCUUCCCUUUCUGCCGCUUCACCCAGCAAUAGAACCUUCCAGUUUAUGGAGAACAUUGUGCCUGUCAACUUUGUGGCGAACCCAAACAAUCAUGCCCGGUGGGGGGUUAGUCCCAAUGGCGAUCGAACAUACUUGAACGGAUCUCCGGCCAAAAAGGCACGAGUCUAUUCGAAGUAA